AUGGAUUGGAAGAAGCUUGUUCGAGGCCGCCCGCUGACCAGGCCUGGCGCAGCAUGUACUGGCGUGCUGACCUCGGUCCAGCUGCGCGACAAGACCGCCAAUAAGAGAGCGGCUGGGAGAGUCGACAAGCCGGCCGCUGUCACCGGAGGAACAUCACCGCGCCAGAGAAGCAGAGGUCCUCGCAGGCCGCACGUGCCCACGGCCGGGGGCCACAGGUACCUGGACAAGAGCACCACAGGUGCCUGGACGAGAGCACCACAGGUACCUGCCUGGACGAGAGCACCACAGGUACCUGGACGAGAGCACCACAGGUGCCUGGACGAGAGCACCACAGGUACCUGGACGAGAGCACCACAGGUGCCUGGACGAGAGCACCACAGGUACCUGCCUGGACGAGAGCACCACAGGUACCUGGACGAGAGCACCACAGGUGCCUGGACGAGAGCACCACAGGUACCUGGACGAGAGCACCACAGGUGCCUGGACGAGAGCACCACAGGUACCUGGACAAGAGCACCACAGGUGCCUGGACGAGAGCACCACAGGUACCUGCCUGGACGAGAGCACCACAGGUACCUGGACGAGAGCACCACAGGUGCCUGGACGAGAGCACCACAGGUACCUGGACGAGAGCACCACAGGUGCCUGGACGAGAGCACCACAGGUACCUGGACGAGAGCACCACAGGUACCUGGACGAGAGCACCACAGGUGCCUGGACGAGAGCACCACAGGUACCUGCCUGGACGAGAGCACCACAGGUACCUGGACGAGAGCACCACAGGUACCUGGACGAGAGCACCACAGGUACCUGCCUGGACGAGAGCACCACAGGUACCUGGACGAGAGCACCACAGGUGCCUGGACGAGAGCACCACAGGUGCCUGGACGAGAGCACCACAGGUGCCUGGACGAGAGCACCACAGGUGCCUGGACGAGAGCCCCACAGGUGCCUGGACGAGAGCCCCACAGGUGCCUGGACGAGAGCACCACAGGUGCCUGGACGAGAGCACCACAGGUGCCUGGACGAGAGCACCACAGGUGCCUGGACGAGAGCACCACAGGUGCCUGGACGAGAGCACCACAGGUGCCUGGACGAGAGCACCACAGGUACCUGGACGAGAGCACCACAGGUGCCUGGACGAGAGCACCACAGGUGCCUGGACGAGAGCACCACAGGUGCCUGGACGAGAGCACCACAGGUGCCUGGACGAGAGCCCCACAGGUGCCUGGACGAGAGCCCCACAGGUGCCUGGACGAGAGCACCACAGGUGCCUGGACGAGAGCACCACAGGUGCCUGGACGAGAGCACCACAGGUGCCUGGACGAGAGCACCACAGGUGCCUGGACGAGAGCACCACAGGUGCCUGGACGAGAGCACCACAGGUGCCUGGACGAGAGCCCCACAGGUGCCUGGACGAGAGCACCACAGGUGCCUGGACGAGAGCACCACAGGUGCCUGGACGAGAGCACCGCACACCGCGCGGGCGUCUCACGGCUGGCGGAGGCCACCCCCGGGCCACUUGAAAGGAAGCGCGGCCCGCCUUGCUGA